UGUAAAUAUGACUAUAUGCUUGAUCCCACACACACUCAACCGUGAAAAUGCUGUUCUAACUCGAAUGACAAUUGAGGAACAACACUGAAUGCGCCAACCUCCAAAUUGAGACUCGGCUUGUCGAUCAGCCUUAUGUUACAGUCUCAAACAUUGUUGUCGCCAACGGUGGAAUUAUCACUACACACGCCGUCAAGACCAAUUGUUUGCUAGCUUCAACAAUCACUCCAGCGGCGAUGAAUCAGGGCGGAAUGCUCCGUCCAUAUCGGAACGGCCGAGUCUUCGCGAGCCGAGGCAAACCUAUGGACAAAACUUCGGAUAGAUGGCAAGUUGGGCCGUGCGCCCUUGCCUUGCACCGUUGCUCGACCGCAACACUCACCGCACUGGGACCUGGGCGCUUCUAGUGCCUUCAUUGGAUCAUUCGCCAUGUAUACCAUUGCUAGACUCGCCGGUGCUGGGCUGGGGGUUCGGCAGGCAAUCGUGCCAUUCCGCAGCGGUAUAAGAUUGAGUGUUGCGCCGAGAUUCGGUGGGCACUCGACGACGAAGACUGCACUUGAAACAGCGGGACUAAGAAAAUUGGCAACCGAUACCAACGCCAUCUCCAAAUCCGCACAAAGUAUACAUUCGCCCACCCCGCUGCCUGGGACAGCUCCACCAAGACCCAAUCGUCCUCUCUACAUCCGCCUUCCCAUCGCCACCGCCCUUACCAUUGUCGCAUUUACUCUCGGCUUCAGUAUCAUGGCUACACCAGCGCUUCCUACCGCGGAUGCUCUCCUAAACCCUCCCACGGAUGAAGAAACUCUCACGCUCUUCACCCCCACCACGGCCGGGCUCGAAGCAAUCGAAUCCCAAAUCUUCUCGCACCCCCUCACACGGUCUUUGCUUCAAGAUGAGAAGUUCAUCGCAAGCCGGCCGCACCUCAAGAUCCCUGAGUCCAUGAGGCAUCAGAACCUGACAGGAGGGACGCUGCUCGGAGGCGACAAGAUUUCGGUUCCUCCGCUGCAGUUCCGCACCGCCGACGGCAUGGAGUUUGUCUCGUUCCAGUACUUAGGCAAUGCGCUCUGCGGACACCCCGGAAUUGUUCAUGGUGGCCUUCUUGCCACGCUGCUAGACGAGGGCCUGGCGCGAUGCUGCUUCGCCGCUCUGCCUAACAAAGUCGCCGUCACUGCCAGCCUCAAGAUUGAUUACAAAAAGCCCGUUAUGGCAGGGCAAGUGGUUGUGUUGAAGGCGGAAACAACAAGAGUAGAAGGAAGGAAGGCAUGGGUUACGGGUCGGUUGGAGACUUUGCCCAAAGAAGGGGAGAAAGAAGGUGUUGUGCUCGUCGAGGGCGAGGCUUUGUUCAUUGAGCCUAAACAAGCGGCAGCGAUGAAACUAGUCGUUGUGUAAGAUGAGAAAACGGUGGACUGCAUAUGGUAGAACGGUAUAUAGACGGCGUUUUGUUAGACUGUUUGAUUGUUCGAUAUCUGCGUUGUUCUAGGUUCUCGGAGAUCAUGGAAUGAGCAGAUCGAUUGCACAACCGACGUAAUACGACGAUGUUUGACUAUAGAAAUAGAGUCGUGCGAUACUAGCCUGUGUUGCGUGGGUAUGCGGUAUGAUAGGAUACGACAAACAUGACAUGGCCUGUGAUACAAACAGUGGAUCUCAUUGCACAGAUUGAAACACGAUCGUAUAAACGUCGUUCGUGAAUGAACUCUUACGACCGUAAAAUUAAGACAUUCCAGAUACAUUAUGGUAAACUCACGAACGCUUGGGGGGGAUUGGCGAUAUGAGACCUUUGUAUCUUUCCUUUU